GCCGGGGCUUUGUCGUUGCCGCCGCCUUUUCCUGCUCGCUCUCGUCCUUCACCUGCGGAGGCUGAGCGCCGUGCAGCAGCAGGAGGACGGCGCCUGCUGGGUGGGUUUCCCACCUGCCCGCGGCUAUGGCCGGCUCCGAGCAGGACGCCGGCGGCGGGGGCGGCGGCACCGGGGAAUCGCCGCUGCCCAUCGAGGACUCCGAGUUGGCGCUGGCCGGCAUCAACAUGCUGCUCAACAACGGCUUCCGGGAGUCCGACCAGCUCUUCAGGAAAUACAGAAACCAUAGUCCAUUAAUGAGUUUUGGAGCCAGUUUUGUCAGUUUUUUGAAUGCCAUGAUGACUUUUGAAGAAGAAAAAAUGCAGUUGGCAUGUGAUGACCUAAAAGCUACGGAAAAAUUGUGUGAAAGUGAGGAAGCAGGAGUUAUAGAAACAAUAAAAAAUAAAAUUAAGAAGAAUGUUGAUGGCCGCAAGACUGCUCCAUCCAUGAUUGAUCGACUGCAGAGACAGAUCAUUGUAGCAGACUGUCAAGUUUAUCUUGCUGUGCUCUCUUUUGUAAAACAAGAAUUGUCAGCUUAUAUAAAAGGUGGGUGGAUCCUUAGAAAAGCUUGGAAAAUCUACAAUAAGUGCUAUACAGACAUUAAUACACUUCAGGAAUUAUAUCAGAAGAAGAUAAAUCGGGAAUCCUUGACUUCUGAUGCUGCAAAUGAUAAUCAUAUUGCUGCAGAAGGUGUAACGGAGGAUUCGCUAAACAGACUCAAAGGUGCUGUCAGCUUUGGAUAUGGACUUUUUCAUCUUUGCAUAUCCAUGGUGCCCCCAAACCUGCUCAAAAUCAUCAACCUGCUGGGUUUUCCUGGAGACCGCCUACAGGGGCUUUCUUCACUGAUGUAUGCAAGUGAAAGUAAGGACAUGAAGGCCCCUUUAGCUACAUUAGCCUUGCUGUGGUAUCAUACUGUGGUUCGUCCUUUUUUUGCUUUGGAUGGCAGUGAUACGAAAGCCGGAUUGCAAGAGGCUAAAGAGAUUCUUCAGAAAAAAGAAGCUGCUUAUCCAAACUCAUCUCUCUUUAUGUUCUUCAAGGGAAGAAUACAGCGUUUAGAGUGUCAGAUCAACAGUGCCUUGACCUCCUUUCACACUGCUUUGGAACUGGCAACUGAUCAGAGAGAGAUUCAGCAUGUCUGCCUAUAUGAAAUUGGCUGGUGUAGCAUGAUAGAAAUGAAUUUCAAGGAUGCGUUUGAAUCCUUUGAGCGUCUUAAAAAUGAAUCAAGAUGGUCCCAAUGCUAUUAUGCCUAUUUAACAGCAGUGUGUCAAGGAGCCACCGGUGAUGUGAAUGGUGCACAGAAUGUUUUCAAGGAAGUUCAGAAACUCUUUAAAAGAAAAAACAAUCAAAUUGAGCAGUUUUCAGUUAAAAAGGCAGAUAGGUUUAGGAAGCACAAACCAACCAAACAACUCUGUAUACUGGCAUCCAUUGAAGUAUUGUAUUUGUGGAAAGCUCUUCCAAACUGUUCCUUCACCAACCUACAGCACAUGAGUCAAGCUUGCCAAGAAGUUGAUGAUUCUGCUGUUAUUGGUUUGAAGAACUUACUGCUUGGUGCCAUACAUAAAUGCUUAGGAAAUGCUGAAGAUGCUGUUCAGUUCUUUCAGCGUGCCCUUAAAGAUGAAUUGUGCCGCCAAAACAACUUGUAUAUUCAGCCAUAUGCUUGCUAUGAACUUGGUUGUCUUUUAUUAGAAGACCCACAGACCGUCCCAAGAGGCAAAACCUUACUGCUUCAGGCUAAGGAGGAAUUCACAGGGUAUGAUUUCGAGAACAGAUUGCAUGUCCGCAUACAUGCAGCAUUAGCCUCUCUGAGAGAAGUGGUCCCCCAGUGAUGGACAGGAACCUUCAGCUCUUCCUUUCAUACAGUUUGAGAACAAAGCUGUUGGGAAGACCAGCUUCUCUCCGGAAACACCACCUGUGCCAGAGACCCUUUCCACAACAUAUAGAGCUGGUGAUCGGAAAAACGUUACAAUCUCAACAACUAAGGAUAGAAUUAACUAGAAAGGUUAUGUGACCUUGCGCUCAGUCCAGUGGUAACUUCUGCACAAGUCCCAUUUAACUAAGCGGGAGCUAGAAGUCAUACUUGCGUCCUCCUCCUGUGGUUCAGUGGGGUUUGUGCCGGAAAACUGCCCUGCCCAUAGAGGUCUUUGUGUUCUAACGCUUUGGGGUUGUAUUUUUUGUUGUGUUUAUUUUUAGCUAAGCUGACCGUCUUAGCCUGUGAUUGUACAAACGAGCCUACAAUAAGCACACUUUGAUUUCCCGUAAUGAUAUUGGCUCAGUUUCUGCAAGUAGUUUUUCUGCAGAUAGAUUUAUUUGUUCUUUUUUUUGGGGGGGGAACCACCUGUUCAUUUGAAACGAUGUUGUGUAAUUAAUUGUUUCAAACUGUACAUAUGCAGAAACAGAUAUAAUUUUAUCCAGAAGCCAACAAAAACAGAGCUGGAAAGAAGCAAGCCUGGCGGACUUGCAGCACAACAAACCUGUUGAAGUUUUUUUGAUCAUUCGGACAUGUGUAAAUAACAAAACCUGCCCCCAAUAUUUAUGUUGAAUUGUGAAAAUAUUUAGAGAUUUUCUUCUAUUUUUCAGCCAAAUGUUUAUUUUUUGAAUCCUUAAUUAUUGUGCUAGGCAUCUUAUAUCUGUUAAACGGCACCAUGGUCUAAGAGCCUUGCCACUGCAAGGCCUUUACAAAUUAUCCCUCAUGUUGCUAAAACAUACAUUAAAUACAACAAAAGUUAUGUGGCAUUCCAAACCUGCGGUGUCACUUUAUCUUUGUUUCAGUUUUAGAUCUUUUAAAGUAACUUAACAGUGUUGAAUUGCACUCACUUUUUCCGACUUUUAAAAUGGUCACACGUUAUCUUAGUGUUAUUUUUUAAAGGUUUUUUUAAGGUUUUUUUAAAAGACAGUUUUUUGAAUAGAAGUCUUUCCUAAAUACCUGGCAGUUGUAUAGCUCUGUGAAGCUGUUGUAGUUUACAGUUUACUUUUUCUUUCAACGUGGUAAUGCCUUAUUUUCACUCCUCUAUCUAUCUAUCUAUCUAUCUAUCUAUCUAUCUAUCUGGCAUGCUCUGCAAAAUGCUGUUAUCUUCUUUGCACUUCACCUGAGUUGACUGGCUCCAGUGUGCUCUUGGCACAUGGAGAGUGUAAAUUCAGUGACCCUGAUUCAAAGCUCAGUAGGUUUCCAGAGAACUCAUGGAGUUGAAUGCAAACAGGGAUUUCCCCACUCACUUCAGGUGAUACUCUGUAUGGCACAGUGCAUAUAGAACAUUCCCCAAAACGAAUAGGCCCACUCUUUGGGCUACCACCUGUACACUGGAACUACCAAGUGCACACUGGAGCUGCUUGAUCAGGUUACCUGUCUUUUAUUGCUCUCAUGCGCUAAAAAACACUUCAUGGUUGCUAAAUCUGCAACAUUCUAAAAAGAGGCUGAAUGUUAGAUAGCUUUAAUUUUGUGGUCCUAUAAUGGGUUACUUUCAGUGGUGGUGUGCCGCCAUCAGAAGGGAACCCCUGGCAGAAUGGAGUUCCCCUUCCCUCUGUGGGCCCCCCAGAUUUGCUUUGGAGGGUUGGGGGACCCUCUGGAGAAGAUUUAGGGCACACACAGAGGGGAGGGGAGGACAGAGAGGUCCCAUUGUGUGAGUGAACUUGCACUCACGUCCAGAUUGGAUCGAACCUUAUAUGCUGUGAAUACAUUUAUUCAGGCUUGACUGUCACUGAGCCUUGAUUUUCUUGCUUUGGGGGAAUCCCAUUUUUAAACUGGCAGCUUCCCAAUUUUUGUUGCAUUUUACAGACGUGGUGUUUGCUGUCAUGUUGGCAGAUGUACAAAAACCUGGCAUGACAGUGUGUGUGUGAGAGUUAAAAUGGCAGAAUGUGCAGUAACGCUUCUGGACUUUGUGUUCAAUGAUCUGUUAGGAUACUUGUAAUACAUUUUCUCUCUAUGUGAGCCAAGAGUUGUAAAAGAAGAAUGGGGCAGAUAAUCAAUAAUGGCAAUGCUAGAGCAGGAGUCUGCAUUUGCCUUGCAACAGAAUUGUUUCUCCUCUAGUAGUCACACAGAAAACCAAUGGGCAUAGAACAGAGCAACAGUAGCACCUAUAUCCCUCUCUAUAUUCAUGGGGACAGAAGGGCCUCUGAGUGCAGAUUACAGGAGCAACCACCUUGCCUCUGAAAAACGUAAGCAAAUCUUACAUUCCAGGGGAAUUCAUCCUUGGACAAGUACAAGAGGUCAGCUAUGCUAUAUACUAGUGUGGAAGUAAUUUUGAUCACUAAUUGUGAUUUAUAAGUAGACAUAAUAUACUUGAAUUAUUUUUCUGCUACAGUUCCUUCUAUUGUACCCUGCCUGCAAUCUUUCUUUUAGACACGAACCGCUAAUGUAAAGCCAGGUUGGCAUCAUAGACUGCAAUAGAAGUAAGCUAUUUUAAGUACACGUGUGCCAGCUUCAAUGACUUGUUGAUUAUGCACCAAUAAGUGUGUGAGCAAGGCUAUUAAAGUUACAAGACUCUUGUACUGUAAUGCUGGGUCCGUAGUUGGGCCUCCUCAGAAGUAAUCAGAGUAUAGAUAAAGCCGUAGUGACAUGAUCUUGGGGGCCUGUUCCUAUCACAGGUCUGUUCUGAGAUGCAUUAAUCUUGCGAGCAAAAUAACCUCGCCUUGUGCACGGACAAUGGCUCAGUGCCACUUUCACCCGUGUAUUUCCUCCACUCUCCCCCCUCUCUCAUGCACACCUCAUAGAAGAAACCUCUAUCUUGUAAUUGUCAAAGAUUUUUAUAUUAGAUUAUGCCAGUGAUGAGAACAAUCAUAACUGUAUUUUAUGUAAUCGGAAUAUGUUUUUAUACUUUAUACCUCGGAGGCAUGGUCUAAUAGCAAUAACAGAUUAAGCAUUCUCAUUGGUUAGCACAUACAUACACACCUAUGUAUGUGUCUUAAGAAUUUAAAAGGACAGGUAUAUUUUUGUUGUUGUUGAUACCUUUUUAUUGCAUUAUGCCUUCAAGUGAAGAACUUGAAUUUUUACAUGUCACUUUAGAUUGUUUACUGUGGUGUGCUAUAAAUAUCAUUAAUUUACAGAACUUGUAUUUUUUUUAUAUGUAUUUCUGCUGAGUAUAAUUAAGAACAAGAUUUGGGUUUUUCCUCUCUUUGUAAUUCUCUUUUAGUUAAAUAGCUUCCUAAUGACAAAUAAGUCACGUUUUUCAAGUUUACCUGGACGUUGAUCAAAGUGAAGUGUGUAACUUAUGGCCAAACUUGAUGUUAUGCAGUGGUCUCCCCUAUUUUGUCCAGUGCAGCUGCAGGGGCUCUGAAUUUGAUCAAGGAUAGGAACAGAGGUAAGGAGGUGUUUAAUCUUCUCUUGAUCAUUAUUCCCUCCUCAUCUUGGUGUUCUGUUUUUUUCUCAUUGGAAGCAAUAGCUGAGCCUGGUUUCUCUCCCCUCGGUAGGAAAGCAGUGUGGGAAUAUAUUUUGCUUUGGAGAAAAAGUAUAGUACCCCGCCUUCUCUGAUCAAAUCUUGAGCGCCGCCCCCAUACUUGCAUUUAAGUAAAAACUACUGUAGAGAGACACUUCCUGAGUUAGGUCUCUCAUGACUGAAUGCUUCUUCACAUUUUUUUUAAAAAAAUCCUUCCACGUAGAAGACUAGCUUGUCAGGAAAACGUUUGUAACAUAGAACCCUUUCCCUCUCACCUAGUUUUCUAAGUACAUAUCAAAUGUUGGUUUAUGGCCUCAUUAAAUACUAGGCCCAACUACCCAAGCAUCUGUUCUUCCAUCAUGUUAGUUUCCCCAAGUUUUACAGAUGAAUUGUACGUACCAUGUUCAACUCAGAACUGAUUCACACUUGGCUAUGAAUAUCAGUGUUCAAAAUACAUGUGGUGGUGUCGGAUGAGAAUGGUGCACAUGCAUUUAAAUUGCUGGUUUUUCCAGAUAUCUCUGGACACAUGGGUUGGGCCUUUCACUCUGCCCUCUUUGAUGUAUACUGUAAGGCAGGGAAGGGCAACUGCGGGAAGUCUGGGGGGCAUUUAUGCCCCCUGGUGUCUGUCACCACAACCCCGGCAGUUUGCUAUCGAAAUUUGGUGGCGCACCACUCCGUAGAGCUAGAAGGGUUAAAUGGAGCUUGUUUGCAAGCUAAAUUGCCCCGUUGAACAGUCCAAUUUAAUUUGCAAACAACCUAAAUUUGACACUUAGCACUCUGUAGUGCUAAAUUUUCUAUUUUGGGGUGAAUACACAUACACACACUCACACAAACCACAAAAUAGCCACUGCUGAAUUUGGCAGUGUGGGGGUGGUGUGGGGGUGGGUGUGGGUGUGGCCCUGCUAUAGGAACACUUAGCUAUUUAAAUGCAUAUGCACUGCUGUGUUUAUUAUGUAUUGUGGUGCGGAUGCAGAGUUCAACGUAUGAAUCAGUUUUCUGUUACAGCUUGAACAAGAGUAUUUCAUGUGUACUCAAGAGACUUCCAUUCUGGGUUUUUUCUCCUGUGCAAACUUUCUGUACUUUGUUCUAUUUAAAAGCUGUGUUCAGUUUUUCUCUGAGCAAACACUCUUUGUUCAGCCACUAACUUUCAAUGUUUUGUUCCUUAUUCUCUCCACAAUUGUUCUUAAAUAAAAUCUGUAGUACCUUG